CCUUUUCACUCAUUCCUCCAGCCGUGAUCUCUGAGUGACCUCGUUCUGUGAUCUACCGCCCAGGACUUCUCCGAAGCUCCGCCAUGAAGCUGUUUGUCUGCCUGCUGCUGGUGACGAUCGUUGUCAUGGCAACCCUGAUUGACGACUCCGAGGGAUGGAGGCGCCGGCGCAGGCGCAGAAGAUCCGGACUCCAGGCCGAUACAGAUGCUGAGUUGAGGGAGGUUAUGGAAGAGGCGAGGGCGCUCCUGGAGGAACUGAAUGAACAGCCCGAACAGCGGGAUACACGGGAAAUGAAGGACAUGGACAUGGAUGAAAUUCUUGCAGAUCAAGAAGAUAACAGAAGAAGACGGUAGCGCUCAGUGACCUAACGGACGACCCGGACAGCAUAACUUGUUAAUGGCGUCAUUGGACGAUUAGUCGUCUCUUUUUAAAUUCAUUGAAUU